ACCACAGAAGAAGUAGCCCAGUUGCUGCUUCGUGCCUGUGACGAUGGCGGUCGUCUUGAGGGGAAGUUUAGUAACGUUGUUCAAGGGCCUGGUCGGUUCCAGGUGUCCACAGUUGGCCUCUCGUCCACUGAGUGUAUCUGCUGGUCUCUGUAGUCCGGAAACACCACCGGCCCGUGCUGAUGCUACCUUUAAAGUCACAAUGGUGCCAGGGGAUGGAGUAGGACCUGAACUAAUGACUGCUGUAAAGGAAGUUUUUAAGGCAGGUGAUGUCCCAGUAGAAUUUGAGGAAUUCCACAUGAGUGAAGUGCAGAACAUGGCCAGCGAGGAAAAACUGGAACAAGUGUUGACCUCUAUGAAGAGCAACAGAGUUGCCAUUAAAGGAAAGAUUCACACACCCAUGGAAUUUAAAGGCGAGCUGGCUUCAUAUGAGAUGAGAUUAAGGCGCAAGCUGGACCUGUUUGCUAAUGUAGUUCAUGUAAACAGCCUGCCAGGCUACAGCACUCGUCACAACAACCUGGACCUAGUCAUCAUCCGUGAGCAGACUGAGGGGGAGUACAGCUCCCUAGAGCAUGAGAGUGUAACAGGUGUGAUUGAAUGUCUGAAGAUCAUCACCAGAGAGAAGUCACGCCGCAUCGCCAAGUUUGCCUUUGAUUAUGCUACCAAGAAAGGGCGAAACAAGGUCACUGCUGUUCACAAAGCUAACAUCAUGAAACUCGGUGAUGGCCUGUUUCUGCAGAGCUGUGCAGAGGUGGCACAGCUGUACCCCAAAAUCAAAUAUGAGAACAUCAUCAUUGAUAACUGUUGUAUGCAGCUGGUGCAAAACCCUUACCAGUUUGACGUGCUGGUGAUGCCUAACCUGUACGGUAACAUUAUUGACAAUCUAGCAGCAGGGUUGGUUGGAGGAGCAGGAGUUGUUCCUGGGGAAAGCUACAGUGCAGAAUAUGCUGUUUUUGAGACUGGUGCACGCCACCCAUUUGCACAAGCUGUUGGAAGGAACAUUGCAAACCCCACUGCCAUGCUGCUCAGUGCUGCUAACAUGCUCAGGCACCUCAAUCUGGAAUACCAUUCUCAAAUGGUGUCAGAUGCUGUCAAGAGGGUCAUAAAACAGGGCAAGGUACGGACACGAGACCUUGGCGGAUACUGUACCACUACCGAUUUUGUGCAUGCUGUUGUGGAAAACCUGCGUCACCGACCCAUUUAAAGAUAUUUCAUCAUAGACCUCGCUGACUGACUCCUUUUUCCCUAAAUCUGGACAUUGUUCUUAACAUGGUCUGGAUGCAUGUUAAGACACCCUCCCCACCCACACCAAAUGCCAGCUCACUGAGAGCUGUACUAUACAUUUCUGACACAAGUUGCAUCAUAAUGACAUGGGUUCUGCUGGGUUGCUUGUAGAUCCACUUCCGUUAAGCUUUGACAUCUGUUGAUUUGGGAUUAAAAAGUAUACCUCAUUUGCAUCUUUUUGUUUUUGGAGUUUUGAGCUGAUGAGUUCAUAAAGACGAUUUCUUCACACAUUGUGGGAAACGCAUCUUUUUUUUUUUACUUUUAUUAUUUAAAUGUUCCUGUCCCAUCGGUCUCGCAUUUCAUUGGAAACUUGCUGUAAAGCCACCAGAGUCUUUUAAAAAGUUUGUAUCGCCUUUUUUCAGAAUUGGUCUAAAAACUGUAACUGUAACUCAGUAACAGUACAACGCUGCUCCAAAUUACUGCACAUUUAAAUAAAACUGUAAUUUCAUUAUUGCAGCACUAUAAAUUCAACUAUUGGCGCUGGGAUUUCCUGUUCACUGUAACCUGGCGUAAUUAAAAACCUCAUAAUUGGCAGCUGUUGGGGAAACUGAUAUGAAAGAUCAGUAUCUUUGUGCAUCAAAAAAAUUAAAUGGCAGCAUUAGCUUGCAUUAGCCAUUCACAAUCAAAGUCACCACAGUUGUAGCAUGUAGUUUAUUAAAAAGAGUUAUUUAAGCACAUAGCAGAAGAAUUUGUCACAUGAUUUUACAGAAAUCAGCCAUAACAUUAAAAACAUUAAUAUUAUUUGGAUCCUUACUGUGGUGCUGCUCCAAGCGCUGACCAUCAGGCUGUGGACAUGGGACUUGUCCUGUGGUGUCUGACUUGGAUGCUCACAAAGGUUCCUUUGAUUUGUUUUGGUGUGAUGCAGUGUAGUCAGGGAGAGGCUGCUGCUGUCAGGGAGUGCUGUCACCUUGGAAGGGUGUGCCUCUUCUGUAAAAAUGUUGGUGGGAAGCAACAAAUAAAACCUCCCAACAAAUGCCCUCACAGCACAUUGAUCAAUGUUAUUUACAUUUUAAUUGGUUUUGAUGUUUUUGCUGAUUGCUGUAUGGUAUUUCCUGGUUUAGUCUUCUUUCUUUUUUUCCCACCAUAAAGUCAGCACAGUUAUAACUGCUACACUAAGGUUCAAUCAUCCUGUCCAUCUCGCUUUUGGUACUAUUUUGCAUCAAUUUGAAAUGGAAGCUUGCUCACCAAAAUAAAUAAAAAAAAUACUUUAUCGGUAUACAGUGUUUGUGUGUUGACCUUUGACCCAAGUUCCCCAGUAAAAGCAAUAUCAUGUGCCUUUAGCCAGCAUUUAAAUUUAAAUAUUUCAACAAACCAAGAGUUUCACUCAUACUGAACAACAACAACGUGAUCUUUCCUGGAUCAUUAAAAUACACUGAAAUACUGUAUAUGGUCAUUUGAUGUGUUUUAAAUCCAAACCUGGACUGGUACUUAAAAUAAUGUGGGGCCAGAAAAAGAGAGGAAAGUUCAACUGAUGCUUUUUUUUUUUUCUUUUCAUAUCAUCAUUCACACUGUGUUCAUUCUGUGAGUACUGCUUUCAAAGGCUCUCUAACAUGCUGACCGUGAUACAGAAUGUGGACAUGUGUUUCUGCAGCUGUGCAUAUAAUAACGUGCUGUCCUUAUGUUUGCAACAGGUGCGCACUGCAGAUCUGGGGGGCUAUGCAACAAGCGACGAAUUCACCCGUGCUGUCAUUGCUAACCUGUCGGUCUGAGCAUUAUGUUUGCAGAUCUGUCAGCUGCUGAAUCGCACACAUUUUUAAUUAACUUCCUGUCUUACAUGCUUGUACGCACAGUACAGCCCUAUCCCCCUACAUUCUACACGCAGUGCCCUUCUUAUCAGAGCAAAAUGCAAAUGAAAUACAUUGUCCACAAUGUUUUAUUUUUGCUGUUUUAAAGUUGAUAUUUAAACACUUAACGUUGCAUCCAAUAAAAAAAAUGGAUUGGUAAUAUUUUUUCUUUUUUUUAUGGUGCAAAACUUAUAAUGCUGUUACACUAUUUCACACCACUUCCUGACAUUCUACUGCCUUGCAUGAUACUCUAAUUUCUACUUAAUGAUUUUAUGUGUGGACAUUAACCAGAAGUCAAAACACAACGUAUGUAUAUUUCAUUUAUUAAUAAAGUUUUAACUUAAUGCUUCUUCAUUUAUGCUAUAUAAAUAAUAAAUAA